AUGAUUUCCACUGCAGCAAAUCUCAAAGAGCCGACGCAGCGAGGAUUACCGUCCCAGGAGGAGGAAAUCAUCGGCUACGUCGAUCCUUGGAUUGCCUCGCCUGGCGAAAAUGUUCAUGUCAAGGUCUCGAGUACAGUCCCGGAAUUCACGUGGUCGUUGGCGCGAAUCAUCCAAGGCUUUGAGCAUCCCAACGCUCCAGAUAUCCAGUACGAGGCGGUAUCGACCCUAAAUUCCAGCUCGGCGGCACUUCCUGGGUCGCACAAGAAGGCUGCAUGCGGGUCCUUUGCUUUGGUCAAGUCGUGGGCGCGAUACGGGCGGAAAAGCAUCAUCGGUCUGCGCUUCAGCUGCUACGUCCAGCCAUGGCUACCGGAUGCGGGCCGCCAACAAGCAUUGAUGUCCACCUUGGACGUAGAAAACUUCUCUGGAGUUGCUGUUUAUGUCAAUGACUCUGGGGCGCUCAGCGUCUACGUCGGAACGGGGGCUUCAGUCGAGCAAUACGAGAGCGAGAUUCGUCUUCGGCGUUGGAAAUGGGCUGAGCUGCAUCUUUCUGUCUCGCAAAGGGAUCUUUGCAUAGAUGUUACGCACUUGGAAAGACUCACUGAGGUUGCUCCUGGCCCAUCUCAGUACUCCCGGGUAUUGGAUUUGCCUGUAUUCCUUCACGGGAAGAAGCCUCUGACACUGGCUGCUGGAUUCUUCUCCGACGGCACAAGUCCCACAGCUCACGCGGCAAAUGUCUUCAACGGCCGCCUAGACUCUCCGCACAUACAAAUCGCCCACAACGGAGCAACCUACACCACCUGGGCCAAGUUCGACUUUACCUUGGAUAUGUCAAGCGACCGCAUCAUAGAUAUCUCAGGUAAUGCAAACCAUGGGGAUCUGAUCAAUGCCCCUACAAGGGCAGUCAAAGGGUUCAACUGGGAUGGCUCAGAGCCAGACUGGACAAAAGCUCAAUACGGUUACGGCGCUAUCCACUUCCACGACGAUGACCUUGAUGAUGCGGCUUGGGCCACGGACUUCACCUUCAAGGUCCCCACGGACGCGCUCUCAGGCGCUUAUGCAGUUAUCGUGCGAUCCGCCGAUCAUUCUGAAGACAUUUCGGACCAUAUCACAUUUUUCGUACGCCCUGCUGCCACCAACACUGCGGACAUUACGGGUCCUAAAGUAGCCAUCGUAUUAUCUACGUUCACAUAUCUCGCCUACGCAAACGAGCACAUGUACGACCAGAGUCGGGCUUCUCGAAUGACCCUCGCUGGCGGGGUACGAGUGCGGGAAGAUGCUUUAUGGCGCCGUAUGGCACGACGGACGGACUUGGGUUGCUCGCUAUAUGAUGUCCACAACGAUGGCUCUGGCUGUGUCUUUAGCACCGCCAAGCGACCGAUUCUCAACAUUCGUCCAGGCUAUGUCAACUGGGCAUUCCAUCGUCCCCGCGAGUUCAGUGCCGACCAGCUUAUGAUUGGCUUCUUGGAGGGGAAGCUUGGUCGUGGUGGGUACGAUGUCCUCACAGACCACGAUCUUCAUGCUCAGGGCGUCGCUGCUCUCCAACGAUACAAAGUCGUGGUGACAGGGUGUCACCCGGAGUACCCAUCUUUGGAGGUGCUCAAUGCUUAUGCCGCAUUUGCCAGAACGGGAGGGCAUCUCAUGUAUCUGGGAGGGAAUGGCUUCUAUUGGUGUUCGGUGCUGGAUACUCAUCGACCACACCGUCUCGAGGUCCGCAAAGGAGACCAGGGAUGUCGUUCAAUCGAACUGCCUGCCGGAGAGCGAAUCCACUCUCUGAACGGUGCUCAGGGCGGGCUUUGGAGAAGCAGAGGCCGGGCUCCUCAGUCUCUCUUUGGAGUGGGCAGCUGCGCUUGUGGUAGCGGAGCUGGUGUUCCCUACCGUUUUACCGACCAUGUCACGAAGUGUAAGGACUCAACUUGGGCGUGGCUCUUGGAGGGUCUAGAAUCAGAGACUUAUGACGAGGGAGAAGACGCAAUGGAUGGCUUUGUCAUUGGCACCAGGGGCUUCGGCGGUGGAGCGUCUGGUGACGAAAUUGACCGGUUGGAUGUUCGCCUGGGCACACCCGUUAACACAGUUCUCUUGGCAACUAGUACAGGACACGAUGACUCUUUCGGCGUCUUCAACGAGGAGAUGAUGUUUCCGAUGGUUGAUACCGUUGGUACAAAGUGCGACAAGGUGAGGAGUGACAUGAUCCUGUACGAGGCUUGCGGCGGCGGUAGCGUUUUUAGCGUCGGAAGCAUCAAUUGGUACUGUUCGCUGGGUUGGGACAAGUAUCAAAAUAAUGUGGCUAGGCUUACAUGGAACGUGUUGAGGGAAUUCAUGCGUAGAGGAGAGUAG